AUGAUUCUUACAGAAAAUAAUCAAAAUAUCAAGAACACCACAGAGGAGAUUCUACAUGAAAAAAAUACUAGCGUUCUGGAAGGUGACAGUAACAAGAAAGAGGAGAAACCGGAAUUUGUUGAGCCCCUUUUAAAAGAAAAUCCAAACAGAUUUGUAAUUUUUCCCCUUCGUCACCAUGAUAUUUGGCAAUUUUACAAAAAAGCUGUUGCUUCAUUUUGGACUGUUGAAGAGGUUGACCUGGGAAAAGAUAUGAGAGACUGGGAAUCAAUGACAGACAAUGAGCGUUUUUUUAUUUCACGUGUCUUAGCUUUCUUUGCCGCUUCUGAUGGUAUUGUUAAUGAGAAUUUGGUCGAGAGAUUUUCUAAAGAAGUUCAAAUUCCCGAGGCACGUUUCUUCUAUGGUUUCCAAAUUGCCAUGGAAAAUAUUCACAGUGAGAUGUAUUCAAAACUUAUCGAAACCUAUAUACGUGACAAUGACGAAAGAAUGAAACUUUUUAAUGCUUUAGAUGAGUUUCCAUUUAUCAGAAAAAAAGCUGAUUGGGCUUUAAGAUGGAUCGCUGAUAAGAAUGCUACUUUUGGAGAACGAGUUAUUGCUUUUGCAGCUGUUGAAGGUAUCUUCUUUUCUGGUUCAUUUGCUUCCAUAUUUUGGCUGAAGAAACGUGGUUUGAUGCCAGGAUUGACACAUUCCAAUGAAUUGAUUUCAAGAGAUGAGGGAUUACACCGUGAUUUCGCCUGCCUUAUGUUUAGUUACCUUGAAAACAAACCAUCUGAAGAACGUAUAAAAGAAAUUAUUAAAAAUGCAGUUGAUAUUGAAAAGGAAUACCUUACAGAUGCUCUUCCUGUUGAUAUGAUUGGAAUGAACUCACGUUUAAUGUGUACAUAUAUUGAAUAUGUAGCUGACCAUUUGUUGGUGGAACUUAAUUGUUCAAAACUUUAUAAUGUUAAGAACCCCUUUGAUUUUAUGGUUAAUAUUUCAAUUGAGGGAAAAACAAAUUUCUUUGAGAAAAAAGUUUCUGAAUAUCAGAAAUUCGGUGUUAUGUCUACAGAUGAAGAACGUGUUUUUACAUUGGAUGCCGAUUUCUAG